AUGCGUCGGCGGCCUGCGUCUCGGGAUCCGCUUCCCAAGCCGGGGUCUCUAGGUCCCUAUCGGAGCCCGGCGCCUUCCCACGUCAUCUCCUGCCCCACCAACUCCAGCCCCGGUACCCAAUGCCACAGUGAGCGUGAGCCCUCAGCGGGCGUACCUUCUACUUACGGUGGCUGCUCACAAACAGAUUCAUUUAACUUCAGGUUGACCUGCCACAGUGUGCCCUUACAGGGGUCCGUGUCGUUCAAGGAUGUGACCGUGGACUUCACCCAGGAGGAGUGGCAGCACCUGGACCCUGCCCAGAAGGCCCUCUACAGGGACGUGAUGCUGGAAAAUUAUUGCCACUUCAUCUCUGUGGGUAAGUGUCACUCGUGUCCGUCCAAGAAUUCCAAAAUCACGUCCUCACAUGUGACCAGCAAGCACACUGCCAAAGAGACUCCCCCUCAGCCCAGAUCAUAUGAACUAACUAAGGAGAGAAACAGUCUCCACGGGGAGACACUUGGCAAGAGCCACAUUGUCUCCAAAACGCUCUUUGAGUACAAGUCUGACGGGAACCUUUGGACAAAGGGCCCAGAAUUCGUUCCUGGGGAUGUGAGCCCCGUGAGGAGGGACUGGGAGAAGCCCAGCCUGAGUCCCACGCGUGAGAAAACCCACCCUGCAGGCACUCUCCGUGACCAAGUAGACCUGGGGGCCCCGCUCGCGUGGAGGGACUGGGGCAGCCCCUUCCUCGUGGCGGGACCCGCGUUCCCACGCAGCAGAAGCCAGAGAGGAGACAGAACCAUCAGCUACCGCGACGACCCAAUGGCGCACAGCCAGCAGCUCCUUGGCGGGAAGCCGGUUUUUAUUCCGCACCCCGCAUCCCAGGCGGGGGAGAAGCCCUUUCGGUGUCCCCACUGCGGGAACAGCUUCAGGAGGAAAUCCUACCUCACCGAGCACCAGCGGAUCCACACGGGCGAGAAGCCCUACGCGUGCGGCCAGUGCGCCAAAGCCUUCCGCCAGAAGACGGCCCUGACGCUCCACGAGAGGACGCACGCGGAGGGGAGGCCCUACCCGUGCGCGGACUGCGGCAAGUCGUUCCGGCAGAAGGCGACCCUCACCAGGCACCGCAAGGCGCACACGGGCGAGAAAGCCUACGGGUGCGCCCAGUGCGGGAGCGCCUUCAGGAAGAAGUCCUACCUGCUGGACCACCAGAGGACGCACACCGGGGAGAAGCCGCACCGGUGCGCCGAGUGCGGCAAAGCCUUCAUCCAGAAGACCACGCUCACCGUGCACCGCAGGACGCACACGGGCGAGAAGCCCUACGCGUGCGCCGAGUGCGGCAAGCGCUUCUGCCAGAAGACCACCCUGACCCUCCACCAGCGCAUCCACACCGGCGAGAAGCCCUACGCCUGCGCCGACUGCGGCAAGUCCUUCCGGCAGAAGGCCAUCCUCACCGUCCACUACCGCGUCCACACCGGAGAGAAGGCCAACGGCUGCCCCCAGUGCGGGAAAGCCUUCAGCAGGAAAUCGAACCUCGUCCGGCACCAGAAAACGCACACCGGGGAGAAGCCGCACGGCUGCAGGGAGUGCGGGAAGGCCUUCAGCUGCAAGUCCAACCUCAGCGCGCACCAGAAGACGCACAAGGCAGAGGCCGUGGGGAGUCACUGAGGGGGGUGUCGCGUUAUCUGAUUUAUUUAUUAG